UGAUUCAAGAUACAUAUGGCGUAACCUGCAAUGGAGCUCUCCACCAGCAAUUUCUUCUCCAAACAGAUACAUCAUGUCAUCUCUCAAAGACGUAGGCAGCAAGCUCGGCUCCAAGCUAGCCCUCCCUAACACCUACGUCAUCACCGCGUUCCUCUCCAUCGCGCUGUACAAUAUCGUCGAGCUGAUUUUCAUCCUUUUACUGACUUUCAAGCGCCACAAGGGGCUCUACUUCUGGAGUUUCGUGGUCGCGUCCUUCGGCAUCGCCAUCUACUCCAUCGGCUUCAUCCUCAAAGAUUUUAACCUCGUCGCCGAAUCCCUCUCCUACUUCUAUGUCACCCUCAUUGUUAUCGGCUGGUGCGCCAUGGUCACCGGCCAGUCGCUGGUCCUGUACUCGCGUCUCCACCUCGUCGUGCGCCAUCACAUCAUGCUCCGAUUCAUCCUCAUCAUGAUAAUCUGCGACGCUAUCUUACUCCAAAUCCCAACGACAAUCCUCUGCUACGGGACCAACUCCACCGCCUCUGCCGACUUCGCCCUACCAUACGCAGUAUACGAACGAAUCCAAGUAACCGCGUUCUUUGUCCAAGAAUCCAUCAUCUCAGGCGUAUAUAUCUUCGAGACGUUCAAACUGCUUCGAUCAGAAGCGUUGGUCAUGGAGGAAACGCAUCGAUACGCGGCCCGGAAACUCAUGCUACAUUUGAUAUGUAUGAAUGCAAUAGUGUUAGUGUUGGAUGUUGCGAUUGUGGUGUUGCAGUUUGUGGGACGGUAUGCGCUGCAAACUGCCGUCAAGGGGUUUAUCUACAGUGUCAAGUUGAAGUUGGAGUUUAGUAUUUUGAAUCAACUGGUGGCGUUUGUGUAUCAUCCUCAGACGUUGAACUCGGGGAGUCCGGAGGGGGGGACCUCGGAGAGGAAUCUCUGGGAUGUGGGUCAGCAGGCUGAGAGGGGGACGGGGGAUGGGCAGAGGCGUCGGUCGAGGAAUUGUGCUUGGGCGAGUGUGGCUGAGAGGUUGAGAAAGGAGUUGAGGAUUUCAGUGGAGAAGAGGCCGUCGGGGUUUGGACAUGCUGGUAGGAGACAGUUUGGGUCUGGUGAGAUGCAGAAUCAGGUUUAGAUUGUUCAGCGGGGGGUAGUAUGACAAGAGAAUCAGAAAUUAUUCCUUAAUGAGUCAGCCCAAUGCCAUAUUUAUGAGUCGGACCUGAUUACUUAGCUUAUACAAAGCUACAAGCGAUCGGUAAUGUAUUCCCUUUGCACGCAACAGACAUCACUCACUCGAGCU